AAUUCUACGUAACGUACAGUGUUUGAAUGAACCGCAACGGGAACUGAAGUUUUCAUAAACUUCGACAAAUUUAGGCACGGCCUUAUAAGAAAACAAAACUAUUGUCAUAAAAACAAGGUACAAAAUACGGAACCAGGCAUUCGGUUGAUACGCAUAUAGAGUGACUUCGUUUGUUGUUUAGCUGAAGUGUUCCGACAUGCUUUGGAGCCAUCACAAAAACUUACGUGAUGCAGCCCACUAAAAAGAAAUACGUUAUUGUUGACGUCCUAAAAAAAACAACUUACGAUAGCACCAAAGGACUGGAUAGUUGGCAAUGACCUUUGCCUUCUUCCGAACGAGCUGGUCGAUAUACAGCUGCAGAAGUGCGACCAACCGAAUGAAAAUUGGUCACUCAUGAAAUGUAAAGUUAUUCACGAAUUAGAUUCUCUGCAGUCUGCCAAAGAUCUGUUAGUUGCCCUACAGAUACUGGAAUCUCAACGGAAAAACAACUCAACGGAUGAAAACAUUUUGCCACUUAACACUGAGAAGCCAAAGAGAGGUGUAAUCAAGCGUAAAGAAGAUUUUCUUUACAAUUCCGUCGACAUGGAUGUGGCUGAGAUGCAGGCUGGGAACAGCCGCGUACAAUAUCCCAAAUUCCGUGUUUUCGACAAAUUGAUAGCGCCAAUCGCCAAUUCGACACAAUUGGAGACAUCACUAUCCACAUCGGAAUGUAAGCAUGUUGGUGGGGCUAUAGUGGACCACUAACUGUGAUAGGUUGUAUACUGUGGUGCUGAACAUGUCGUCAGCUAUCAAUGACUUGACUAAAACGAUUAACAACAUAUCGUCCGCCAUUAUGGACUUGAAUGUUAAUGUAAACCAAUUGCUUUCAAAGUCUGAUGAGCGCGAAAGACCACAUAAAUUCGAUUGCGGACUGUCGAGUCAGCAGUUCCCUUUGUCAUCUGAAGAGGAACUACAGAUGCUAGAUACUGGUUUGUCGCAAAAAGAAACCAGGGACAGAUUUAUGGCAAUGGUCACUAGGUUAUCAGGUGACGAUCCAAAAACGUCGAUGCGUUUUGUUCUGUCGCAUCUGCUGACACCGGAGGUUGCCAGUAAAUUCACGUUACUUGGCACCUCUUCAAAACGAGCACUACAGAAAUGCACGUUUUACAGUUUCAUACGAAGAUGAUAAAACGAAAUAGAAGAAAAGAAAAUCAGGCAUGUACUAAUUUAAAGUGAUAACCUCCCUACGGCUCUAUAGUUACAGUCAACAAUACUAACGAACAUAACCGUAAGUUCAGCUUCAAGUAUUUGGCUGUGCAAAAGCAUGUCAUUGAGAUAUGGUUGUGACUAUUUUUAUUCUGAAUAGUCCGUGCAAUUGUUUUGAUGUUCUACCUCGAUUUCAAUAAACAGUAUUCUUUCAAACAGCAUACUCUUUUACUUACAUGGGAAACUGUUGAAGUGUUGAGAAUGUGUGUUUGAGUUUCAGUAAACUUUUGAUUAAAUGCACAUUUCUUAUGAAUAAAAUAUAACCUGUUCCUUCUUUUUCAGAUAAUUUCAAAUAACAACGAAUUAGCAAUUGCAUUGGAUAUGCAUAACAAUCGAUGCUUAAGCUUGUGCACUACUGUUGUACAAUAAUACGCUUUUCCUUUUAAAUAAAAUUUUUAGAAAAUUUACCGCUUUCGCACUGCAUUGCAGAUAUAUUUUGGUCUGUUGCUGAAAAUAAAGGCGAACAUAGGAGACCUUUGGGGUUCUGUCGAUGGAUAGAAAAUAGGAGGUAAUGUGUGUAUUUAGGCGAAAAGUAGACCAUUAAGCGCAUAAUUAGGCAAUUCGGCGGAUAUUUAGGCGAAAAUGCGACAAUUCGGCGGAUAGUUAGGCGAAAAUGCGACAAUUCGACGGAUAUUUAGGUGAAAAUACGACAAUUCGGCGGAUAUUUAGGUGAAAAUGCGACAAUUCGGCGGAUAUUUAGGUAAAAAUGCGACAAUUCGGCGGAUAUUUAGGCGAAAAUGCGACAAUUCGGCGGAUAUUUAGGCGAAAAUGUGACAAUUCAGCAGAUAAUUACGCGAUAAGUCGGUAAUUUGUCGACAAAAAGGCAAAAAAGGGGAAAAUCCGCAUUUUUCCCUCGGACAGGCGAAAAAGGCGACAAUCUGGC